CGUACUGUUACGAACGCGAAGCGUGAAGUACAUUUGAAUCCACACAAUUCGGAACGAAUUCCUUUCCAACCAUUUCCUACAAUUAACCAAGCGAGCCGCAUCAUAAAACCCCAAUCAAAUUCGAACAAUCAUGACCUACCACAAUAUAAUAGGGCCCGCGAUUAUAAACGUAGAGCAGAGCGGCAAUGUUUAUCAGCAUAACGAAGCAAAAGCUAUGCGGCUGAGGGACUCGAUUGACUUUGAGCAGCAUGAUAAAAUAAACAAAUCUGAAGCGACACCCGAUGGAAACCAUACCAAUAGCCUAGCAGAUCGGUAGCAUUCUAAAUGUAAUCAAAAUUAAUCAUUGAACUUGAUCUUGAAAAUUAGGCCAGCUGAGCAUCGGAAUCGUGCAAAAUAUGAAUGGUAGAUCUAAUUCUGUACAAAUACAAUCAAAUCAUGUAGCUAGAGAGAUUGCUCAAAUUCAGGAAAAUUCUCUCUUCGGAGAAGAAAAUAUUUCUCCUGUGAAAACACGAAAAACCAUGUAUCCGCGAAAGAUCAUUCUAGAAAUCUGGCCGCUCAUAUAUUCAUGUUAAAACACGUACUGAAAGUGUAAAUGAGUAGAUCGUAACGAGAGCCGCUAUUUCAUCAUCCUUUCAGGAAAGAUCAUGUGUAAUUUUUGGUAGGCCCUGCGGCUAUAAAAGAGGAAGAUCAAUAAAGACGACAGUCAGUUUUGUUUUUGGACUCCACACUGGAUACCUCCCGGAUAAGUAUUUUGCUACUCAAAUUCCUUUGAUCCUGAACUUGCACUUGCGAAGCUUAAAUUAUUCUGAUCACUUGAUUGGAUAAUUCAAUCCUUCUAAAGUGUUGAUAUUUAGAAUCGUGGAAGUCUAAGUCAUUGGAUCGGUCAAACUUUUUCUCACUCUGGUAAGCCAAGGUUCCGAAUGCGAGUAACGUUGGCAUGAGUCUAGAAAGGCCUAAAUCCUAACACACACGAUUUGGACGUUCGAUUUUAACUAUUCUCCUUCUUGAACCUCCUACCCUGAGUGAGUAGUAUCGGUGUUCGAAAGUAACGCGUUCCGUCUAGUCUGUUGGUUGGCACGCACGGAAUGUAAUACCGUAUCCCUUCGCAACGGUACCGUGAAACGAUUGUGGGUUUCGUCAUCCUGAUCAUCGUCGAUUCAUCAUCGCGAUAGCUGUGGACAAGAGUGCUGCUGGAUUCAGUAAGUAUUUGGUCUAGUCCCACCACAAGAGGAACACCACACCCUGAUCGUGCUGCCAAUUGGAAGAUUGCGCCCCGGUGCCAACGCCAACAAUUUUGGUGGCUCCAGAGAGGAGGAGCUACUGCCACCAACAUUUUGGUGGCCUGCCAGAGAGGAAGGAAAAUCGAACUCCAGGAGCGCGCUGAAAAGUGGAAAUCGACACCGAGUCUAGUGUGAAACAGUGAAGAAUAUUGAACACUGAAUAUCAUCAAACCGUCGUGAACCUUGUCGUGAACAGUGACAAGUACUGAAGAAAAAGAGUACUUAUGGAUUAUGUUUGCUGAAAAAUAGUGCCGGAAAGUGAAUUUGAAUCCACAAUAAAAAUUGUGGAAGACUGUCAACGUUAAGCAUAGUGAAUUAACUGGUUGCAAAGUGGGUAGAAGUCAAUGCCAACGAAUAGUGUUUUUUCGAGUUGUAACGUGGUUUACUGUCACCAAGAGUGCAGUCUGAGUGUUGUGCAUAGUCACAGGUUAUACGGUUACAAUUCUAUAGGAUCCGAACUGUGAACUGACAUUCACAAACUGGUCUAGUCGUGCCAUAGUGACUAGCGCCCUUUUCGGGAAGGCAAAUUAAAGUGAACUGAAUAAUCACUGAAAACGAAUAAUCAAGAAUAGUGUUUUUUCGAGUUGUAACGUGGUUUACUGUCGCCAAGAAUGCAGUCUGAGUGUUAUGCAUAGUCACAAAUUAUACGGUUACAAUUCUAUCGGAUCCAAACUGUGAACUGACAUUCACGGAUAGUGGCAAAUAAGCCUAUACAGGCAAGGAAACUCGAGGUACAAGUGACACAAGUGUGCAAGGAACAAGAAGAACCCAAUUCACGAUAACCAAGUGAAAAGGAAUACGAAUACCCAGCAAUCCAGAACAAAGAAGAAAAAAUAAAUCACGAUUGUUUUAAUGUGACUGACCUGAACAGGUCUAGUUGGUCUAGUCGUGCCAUAGUGACUAGCGCCCUUUUUUGGGAAGGCAUCAUUGAACUCGAUAUCUUGAAGAAUAUAAGUGAACUAACAUUCACAAAUUGGUCUAGUCGUGCCAUAGUGACUAGCGCCCUUUUAGGGAAGGCAAUAUUAAACUGAACAGUCGUGAAAAAUUAUUGAAAGUGAACUGACAUUCACAAGGUUUUGGUGGUACGAGAUACAGCACUGUGCAGACAGUCUUGAACGGCGACUUUUAUGCAACGAGGCUUGAGUGAACUCAAGGAAAUCCCGAAGCUAACCUGGGAAUCAGCAAACAUGUCUACAAGGUUCGUAUUGAACAAGAACGGCCAUUGCCGUCUUUGUAAUGAGGAUGAUACAGUGUGUGAUAUGGUAUGUUGCGAUGAGUGUGACCGCUGGUUUCACUUAACGUGUGCAAAGCUGGAUCAUAAACCGUCUAAACAAAAAAAGUUUUUAUGCGUAAAAUGCACACAAUUGGAAAUUGAACGCAAUGACUUGCUCGACAAGCUACAAAAACAAAGUCUGUCAGAGCAUAUAAAUCAAUCGAUAAGUAAUGCGUUAGCAAGAAACAAUGAUGCAACACCAUAUUUCAAAAGACAAGGCCUAAUUAAACUUCCAGCCUUCAAUGGAGCUCCACGUGAUUGGCCAAAAUUUAAAAAUAUUUAUGAUGAUACUACAAUUGAAGGAGCAUUCACUAAUUUGGAAAAUUUAAACCGGUUGGAACAAGCGUUGAGUGGAUCUGCAGCAAAAUGCGUUGCAAAUUUGAUGAUAAGCGCAGCGAAUGUCCCGCAAAUCAUUAAACGACUUGAAGAAACUUUCGGAAGACCUGAAACUGUUUAUAAGCAGCUGUUAAGCGACUUGAUGAAAGUACUUCACCAAAUACGAGUAAACCCUGUUGAGUUAUCGGACGCUCUGGACAAUCUUGUAACAAACAUGGAAUCGUUGAAGAAAAUAGACUUUUUACGUGACCAUCGCCUAAUUGAAGAUAUCACGAAAAAGUUACCAUUCAAUUUGCAAAUUAGUUGGACAGAAGUGGUGCAGCGUAAUCAAUCUCAACCCACACUGAUUGAUCUGAGCAAGUGGUUGAAACCACAUGCAUCGACACUUCGAUUAUUGUUACCCACAUCUGGAACAUCUAGAAAUGUUAUGCCAGCGACACAUCCUGCAAAAUCUAGAAUACAUGUUCACACUAAAUCCAACGAUUUGUGCAACAUUUGCAAUUUAAAUCAUAAAACUCAGCAAUGCAACAAAUUAAAAAUUGCUAACUUUAAUCUACGUAAGGAGAUAUUAUCGCAAAACCAACUCUGUUUCUCUUGUCUUGGAAAAGGGCAUUUCUUAAGGUUUUGCCCCAAAAAGACGGAAUGUAAAUUGAAUGGAUGUAAAAGCAAGCAUCAUCGAUUAUUACAUCAACCUAAGCAACAACAAUACAAAUCGGAGAGGAAUAAUCAUCAUGGAUAUAAAAAGGAUGUGUACUUUCAAAUAAUACCUGUAAAACUGAGCAACAAGGACAAAGUCAUCAAUACAUUUGCAUUUCUGGAUCCGGGAUCAUCACUCAGCUUGAUCGACGAAGCCAUCGCAGAUCAGUUGGGGCUUGAUGGAAAAUCUGAUCCAUUAUGCCUCACUUGGACACAAAAUUUAUCAAAAGAAACUCCGAGUAAACGAGUUAACAUUCAAAUACAAGGGAAAGGCAAGCAGUACGUCAUGAAAGGUGUUAGAACAAUUCCGGACUUACAACUGCCAAAGCAAUCACUGAAGAUCAAGCACAUCAAAAAACGUUUCGAGUAUUUGGCAGACUUGGAUAUCGACGGAUAUCAUGAUGCAAAACCAACUAUAUUAAUUGGGCUGGAGCAUCCCCACCUCCUGAUGACAACUGACAGAAGACACGCUGAUGAAAACUCUCCUAUGGCAGUAAGAACCAAACUCGGUUGGCUGAUUUUUGGUAAGAUCUGUAGGGAAGAUGAUUAUUUUUCAACGUCAAUUAAAGAAGAAAAGGAAGCAGAAAAUCUCUCCAAAAUGUUAGAAGACUUUUGUUCGUUAGAAAAUUUUGGAGUUAAAAUCAUUGAAGAGCUCCCUAAAUCAAAAGAUGACGAAAGGGCAGAGAAAAUUCUUAAUCAAACUCUCAAUUAUAAGGAUGGACAUUAUGAACUAGGUCUUUUGUGGAAGAAUGAUAAAUCUAGUUUUCCUCCAAGCUAUAACAAUGCCCUGAAUAGACUAAAAUCACUAGAAAGGUCUCUAAUGAAGAACCCAGAAUUAAAAGAUUGGGCAAAUGAAAAAUUUAGUGAUUUCUUGGAGAAAGGUUACGCUAGACAGCUUUCACCUGCAGAGCUGAUGAGUGAGAAUCCUAGAAUAUUUUAUUUGCCUCAUUUCAUUGUCAUUAACAAGAAUAAGGUUCCGCCAAAGCCACGAUUGCAUCUACUGCAAUUGUCAACCAACAUUAUGUGGAUGAUUAUCUAG